UGAUAUAAAAAUGUUCUUUAUGCAUCAUGCAGGGACUGUCAUUAUUUAUAAUUACCCAUUUAUGUCUUUCUAUCUACAAAACAUCUGAGCUUCCGCAGGAUUGGAUAUUUCGAUAAAAUUAGAGUGCAACGAAAUUAACGACAGGUAUGGUGGUCCGCAGAUAAGYGAAUGAAAAUCUGUGACCGUUGCUGCAGGUGUGCAUUGUUGCCGCUAUUCCUUUUUGUGACUUUCACUCUCUUCUUUCCCUUCUUUGUCGAAAAUCUUUUAUUCGUGACCCCUUGUUUAGCGUAGGCUUUUGCAUUGGCCCCUGUACGCAGUUUCGGAGGCCAGAUUUUCAGGACUUUAUUACUGAUGUCUUCAUGUCCGAUCAAGUCGGUCAAAGCUUAUCUUGGGCUCAAAGGAAACGCUAGCUGUCACUGUCAACGUCAUCCUAUUUUGGCCGUUAUGCGACUGAGGGUAUUUAAAGGUUUGCGUUUGGUAGUUUCAUUCACUCGCAACCUCGUGUUUAURACGUGCGGAACAAUUUAAUCUCAAUCUUUGAGGAUGGAAGACAGAGAAGAUCGACAGACUGAAACACCCGCAUUGGGGUCCAGUGACCCUAAGAGUGGCGGCCUUACAUUUCGCGUCGAGAAUGGAAAGACCUACUUCUGCGACACUGAUGGACGUCAUGUAUUUGGAGAUUUCUCUCUCAAGCUGCAAGGGGAGUUGAUGUCUUCGGAAGAGGAGAAACRAGGCUAUUGGAUUGCAACAUGUACUUCUAUAACGCGAGGAAAUUUAGAAACAAAGACAAUUGUUCUACCUGCGAAUGCUUUCGACUCGAAGGCCAAAUUUGUUAUGGAGUUGAGGGGUAGAUUUGGCUCGGGGAUCUUGAAUCUGGGGGGUGGAGUGACUGCCAGCAUAUUGGCAGACUACUACUCCUCCCUGAAGGAUGAUCUCAUAAGUCCGCUUCCCUUCCACAAAUCCAAACGCCUCGGUUACCAGGAAAAUGGCUACUGGCUGCUUUCAAGAGAGUUGCACAUUUACCAUAAGGAAAUCGUUGCAUCGCGGGAUCACCGUUUUUUUGUCGACGACACUAAUUYGUACCAAUUCAGUACAACAUUAGAUCCUCACCUUCUGAACGAGGAAGUUUUGAAAGCUACGUGUAAAAGGUUUAUCCAACUGUCCUCCAAUUUUGGCUGCAACGAAAUUCCGUUUCUGUUAAGCACAGCCUUCAUAGUGUACAGCUUGAUUAAAACAAAUCUCAGGACUCAUGGUCAAGACCUCUCAGAUGGGAGCUCCAUUGGACUUAUUUUCUCCAAAGAUCGAAAUGUGGGAAAAUCUCUCUCCCUUAAGAUUUUAGCAUUGGGACAGGGGAUAGUUGGCAGUGCGCAUCCCCUAUUCUGCUCUGGUGGAAAUCAAACCAUCAGCGGCGUGUCCAUGAAAGUAUUGAUGUCCCUUUUAACRAGCACCACCUUCACCACACUCCUAGACGACCCCACAAUGACAAGUUCCCUGUCAGAGUUUCUCCUCCAAAUACAAAGUGACUUACCACAAGGCUCUCUUAGGACUGGUUUGUUGGCGCCCUCAGGGAGCAUUCUGAUGGCUUCCAACUCCAAGGAGGGAGAAAGAAUAUAUGGCAGAUCCAUGAGAUUUCAUUUCACUCAAGAUCAGAGUUUUGUACUGGAAAAUGAAACAGCCUUGAACAAAGAUCUGCUCGCACUCGUAAAAAGGAACAAGGGCUUCCUUGUGGCUUGGGUUAUUUUCUUCUUCCCGCAGAAAUGGUUGCAUGGAAGCCGGCAGUUGAUAAGCAAAUUCCGGGAAGUGCUACACAACGCUGUUCCUGAACAACAACCGAGGUGGCAUAAAGGUGUUGCCGGCCUCCUGUACACACUGGCUAUUGUAAGUAGAGUUGGUAAUAGCUUUUUUGUCGAGUUAUCGUGGAUUCUAGAGUUAUUUUUUUAUUUUCUGUUGGUGCAGUUUUACGAGGUGGCUAUUGAGACGCCCAUUCCCUACUCAGUUUUGUGCCAUGCCUUCACCCACAUGAUACGGAGCGGAAAACCAGAUGUGUCCAGUGCUCAGGAUUCGUCUUUUUGGGAGCGGCUCAGAAAAGAGCUUGCGCAAGCCGUAAUGAGCUCAAAUGCGCCGCUGAAAUGGCUGAACCCGUGUGUUAACGUAGCGGUGGGUGGCAAUUUYGUGCCUGCCGUAGGAAUCACGUACGGUGAAUUGGCUGGUUUUACGAGCAUUGGCAAUAAGGAAACUAAGGAGUGCUUAGCAGCCAAAACCGACAACUCUACAACAUCAACCAUGGUUUUUGCACUCCACGAGCAAGCGCAAAUGGCGGAUGUGCGGAAGAAAGCAGUCGGCCUCGUCAAAAAGGCAAAAGGAUACAAAAUUCCUAAAAGCCUUCUGGGAGACGAACUUGUUCAUUUGAUCGAAUACAAAUGCGGGUYAAGAGAAGAGGCGCCAGAAGCCGAGACUUUUUUCAGUGACAAGGAUAAGGAUAGGGAUGAGGAAGAUGUGCUUUUCUCCGUAAAAGAUGACAUAGAGGAGGUGUAMAAGUUACUGUCCACCAGAUCUCAACAAAACUUUCUUGCAGAUAACGAGGACACCGAAACUCCACCAGAAAAGCAUACUGUUAUUGAUGAACUUUCUCCUCCAUCGAAAUUACGAUACCAGCUGAUGUCUCCUGGAAAGAAGGAAACUUUUACUAAGRGUGUCCUGGCAGGCAUACGUUUAGCCAGCGGGGAAUCUGAGAGGCAACAGCAARYGUCGUGUCAGAGGACAGAAGGUGACAAAUUAAAUGCGACUCCCUUUCCAUCCUCACACAACUCACGCGAUAAAGAGUUAGCAAAACAACCAUUAAAAAGGAAGCUGUUUGUUGAGGGAUCCAUAGGUCUAAAGCCUCGUUCUAAAAAGAGUGAUAGAUCCAGAACUGACGAGUGCUGCAGUCUCUGCCAGAAAGCAACCCCCCCUUCCAAAAAGGGGAAAGUGACUAAAAUAGUUUGGAUUCAAUGCGAGCAUUGUGGGCAGUGGUUUCACUUGCUUUGUCUGAAAAUGAAAGCUGCACCAAAGGGAAACUGGUUCUGCCAAAGUUGUAAACCAAGUGACUGAUAAAACAGACGGUGGAGUCUUACUGUUCAUACUGGAAUUGGAACUGUAUCAUGACUUAAGGAUUCUCGAAUAUUGGAAAAAAUGAUAGUCAGAGUUUAGUUGUGAAGUUGUUAAUAGUCAUGAACUGUUAUGCUAUAUAAAUGCUUUUAUGCUAACUGUUGUCGAUUAAGCUGUUAUUUAGGAUAUAGAGAACCACUUGUAAUUUUUAACUAUCGCAGUUUCAAGUGAACAUAGCUGUUAGAGAAGCCUUUAUGCUCGAAUUACGACUUAACCAUGGCUUCGACUCUCUUAGAUAAUGUUAUAAAAAUGAUAGCUUGGUAAUAGUCACUAACAUUUGCCCGUUUUUUGAAAUAAAAUUGAAAAAUAAAAUUGUGCAUAAGUGAGACUGACUGAGACAACGGACUAAUAAGACAACCGAGACCACCGAGACCACUGAGACCACCGAGACCACCGAGACUACCGAUACCACUAGA